GCUUCAGAUAGCAAGUUACGUAGUCCAGGCACGUGAUAACGAGUCAGCGGGGCAAUCGCGAGGCGCGUCUUCCGGUUCGUUUCCAUGUUCUUACCUAAAGCACUUAAAGCUAUUAUCUUUCAAACCGGUGGGAUAUCAAGGCUUUCAGAAAUUACCUAACUUAAACAACUUAAACAAACGAAAUGAUGUCUGAUGAAACUACCUAUAGCACUUCUAGUUAAUUUCGUAUUCAUCACAUUCAUAUUUGUCAGCUUCUAAAAUCAUCUUUAAUAUUGAACCUUACGUUAAUAAUUAUGCCACAAUCACAAUUCACAGAUCCGGAUACUAUACGCAUCCUUGUCGCAACUGAUAACCAUGUGGGCUACGAGGAACGAGAUCCGAUCCGUGGCGAUGAUAGUUGGAAAUCAUUCGACGAGAUCAUGAAUUUAGCCCGGAAGGAAGAUGUUGAUCUGGUGCUACUAGCCGGCGACUUGUUCCACGAUAAUAAACCUUCUAGAAAGGCUAUGUUCCAGGUUAUGCGAUCGUUAAGGAAGAACUGUCUUGGCAACAAACCUUGUGAGAUACAGUUCCUGAGCGACGCCAAUGAAGUCUUCCAGGGUGCCUUUGGGCAUGUUAACUACGAAGACCCCGAUAUAAAUAUCUCCAUACCCGUCUUUUCUAUUCACGGAAACCAUGACGAUCCUAGCGGCGAGGGUAAUUUUUGCUCCCUGGAUCUACUCCAAGUAGCCGGGCUCGUCAACUAUUUUGGACGUGUGCCUCGAGCAGAUGACAUCGAAGCUAAGCCGGUUCUGCUUCAGAAGGGAAUGACUAAACUGGCACUUUACGGACUAAGUAACGUGCGAGAUGAACGUAUGUUUCGUACGUUCCGUGAUCAUAAUGUCAAAUGGUUUAGACCAAAUCAGCAAUCAAGCGAUUGGUUCAACUUACUCGCCGUACACCAGAACCAUCAUGCUCACACAGCUACCGGUUAUCUACCGGAGAACAUGUUGCCCGAAUGGUUAGAUCUGGUCGUUUGGGGUCACGAGCACGAGUGUUUAAUCGAUCCUUCGCAUAACCCGGAAACCGGGUUCCAUGUCAUGCAACCAGGCUCCUCUGUAGCCACGUCGUUAGUUCCGGGAGAAGCCGUAGCCAAACACGUUGCCGUCGUUAGCAUCACGGGGAAAGACUUUAAAGUAGAGAAGCAUCGGUUGAAAUCAGUUCGCCCUUUUAUGACCACCGAGAUCAUCUUAGCAAACGACAAGAGAUUUAAAGGUCUAGAUAAGAAGAAAGAAAAUCGCCAGGAGCUUACGCGGAAAUUGAUGGAUGUAGUCGAGGAGAUGAUAGAAGAAGCUAACGCCGAGUGGGAAUCUAUUCAAGAGGGCGACUCUCUUGAAGGUGAACGACCUCUUCCCCUAAUUCGUCUAAAGGUGGAAUACACUGCUCCCGAAGGGGGCCAUUACGAUAUCGAAAACCCACAAAGAUUCUCCAACCGAUUUCAAGGCAAGGUGGCAAAUACUAACGACGUUGUGCAUUUCUAUCGAAAAAAGACGGCGCAGAGGAGAACUCCAAAAGGCAUGGAAAUGUCAGAGGAGCUAUUAGAAGCGCUAGGCGAAAUAGAAAAUAUUAAAGUCGGCAAGCUAGUUGAAGAAUUUUUGUCUGCCCAGGCACAAUCCCUAAAAAUCCUUCCCCAGGCACCAUUUGGUGAUGCGGUCAACCAGUUCGUCGACAAAGACGAUAAACACGCUAUGGAGUCGUUUGUCAGUGAGUCUCUCUCAGAGCAAGUGAGACAGAUGCUACUACUCGAGGGAGACGAAGCCGAUCCCGAGAACGUGCUUGCCGCGAUGGGAAAUAUUAAGCAAAGUCUCGAACGUCAGUUUAACGCUGGAAACCUGAAACAAGCCAGCCGACGUAAGUAUAAGCCAAAGCCAGACCUGUGGGACUCUGAUCUAGACGGCCACUGGGAGGAUCAACCCGAGGCGAUUGACAACGGGACGGCCGUCAGCGAGACGAAGUCCCAAGCAGUUCAGCCGAAAGCACGCGGAAUAAAAGCAGCGCUCGUUGUAGAAGACGAGGAUGAAGAUAUGGAAGAUGCAGAACCACAAGCGCCAGCACCAAAAACAAGGGCAAGGGGUAGACCAGCAGCUACGGCGGCGGCAGCUAAACCCAAGCCAACACCAGCUAAGAAGGCACCCGCCAAAGGCCGAGGCCGCAAAGCGCAAGUGUUUGAACAAUCGGACGAAGAAGAGGAAGACGUCGUAAUGGACGAUGAUGAUUUUGACCCGCCCCCACCUCCAAAACGCACUACAGCGAGAGCUACGACGGCAAGGGUGGUGUCUACUAGGUCAUCACAGGCAUCGAGAGCCACCUCUACUAGCACUACGUCUAAAGCUGCGCCAAAGACGCGGCAGACAAAGCUGAAUUUUUCACAGAAGGCGACACAGGAGGAGCCGUUAGAGAUUAGCGACGACGAAAUUUCGGACGAUUUCGAGUCCGUGCCGGAGACGCGGACUCGGAGACGUUGAUGAUUAUGGUGAGCGGAAUGAGCGGGUGUUAAUAUGACAGGUAUCUUAUGCAUCCAUUAAUAACUUUGUUAAGAGCUAGCCAGAGUCAUGAUAUAUCUAUCUUGUUAGUUACGCGUUGUCGCUAGGUAUCUGAGAUUUUCUCGAGAUCAACGACUAAUUGGUUCAUCGGGUACCUAGCUAGCUAGUUCUACUACGUAAUGUGCAUCUAGCACAGAGAUUAUAUAGUCUUUGCUUAUAAGCCAUGAUCAAUCUAUAAAAAGAAAGGGUAGGCGUAGUUGGGAGCUUACUACUUACUACUAAUCAUUGUGCAGAGAACAGCAUCCUUACGAAUAGAGCUACUUAGGUAUUAUUUGUUCAUUAGUUCCGGCUCCACGUUCGUAGAUAUCGUUCUAACAGACAUUUGAAAUUUUAACUUCGUUCGACUACGCCUAAACCGCGUUGCUGAUUCCAGGGGCCAAGCCGCAACGUUGUAUUCCAAUCUCGUGGAUUGUCAAUAACCGCAUUGUUACAUCGGCUGUCCCACACUAUACAGCACAAAGUUCAUCUGGAGGGUGUUCUUAAAUUCGGAUUGAUGGCCGUAUAAACUCAGCGUUAAGCUCAUGUUCGAAACGCCGGAAUAUGGGGGUGGUGUGCAGUGCUUCAGGGGCAAGAAUUGUCUGAGCAUAUCCUAUCCUUAAAAUAUAACAUAACAUUCAAUGAUAAAAGAC